UCUGUUGCCAUGCUGCACAGAAGUGGAGGAGGAAUCCGGCGUGGAGUGAGGAAAGCCAGGGGAUUGAACCAGAUCCCAUAUCAAUCAGGCCACCAGGGCGCAUUUAGUGUAUCAUGUCAAUCAAAGACUGAGAACAUUCCCAAGAUCUUAUUGAUCACGACGAAUGUCGGUCGGUGUACACUAUAUCCGGAGUCGGAGUACGCGGUUGUCACAAAAGGCGCGUGAAACCAGAGCAUAAGC